AUGGCCAGUGUCUUGAACUAUUCCGCAUGGGGAGUUCUUCAGUCGAAGGUUCAAGCACAUCCACAUCUCACAUUGGAUUCAUUGAAAAAACGUUUGGAGGCAGAACGUGCCAAGCUAUUUCCAGAAUACCUCCGUGCCACAGUAGAUGCUUUCCCGAAGAUACUCAAGGAUGUUGUCAAGAACAAAGGCAACCGCAUCGAACAACCUUAA